AUGAUGAGUAUGAUGGAGCAAGAACUAAAACAGAUGACCGACUACAAUCAUAUAUGGCCGGGAGUGGGUGGGUUUCAACUCCCACCCACAUCCACAAGUCAUUUGGCUGCUCAGAAUGUUCCUGAUGAUCUCUCACCCGCUCCUGAUUCACCAGAUUCUUCGAAGGACGGAAAAAAGAAUGAUGACAGAGUGAAACGCCCAAUGAACGCAUUCAUGGUGUGGAGUAGGAGCAAACGCAGGUUGAUGGCUCAGGAGAAUCCUAAAAUGCACAAUUCCGAAAUUAGCAAAAGGCUCGGAGCGGAAUGGAAGUGUCUGAGUGACACCGAAAAGAGGCCUUUUAUCGAUGAGGCCAAACGAUUACGUUCGAUUCAUAUGAAGGAACAUCCUGAUUAUAAAUAUCGUCCGCGAAGGAAAACGAAAACUUUGCAAAAGAAAACACUUCCAAUAGGACCUUUUUCAACACUGGAUUCUUUGAAACCUCAGGCGUACAGCUCAGUCCAACCAUGGAAUGGUAACACUGCAUAUCCAUUCGACACCUCUUACGGACUAUAUCCUCGAACAGGAUACGAAAUGCUUAAUCAACUACCGUAUCUCGACGGCUCACCAUCACAGUACACCCAUCCUCCCCUUGGUAGCGCUUAUCCCGUAAACUACCUCACUCCAGCCCCUGUAGUCAAGUCUGAAGUAGAAGCCUCUCCUGAGAACACUGAAACUUCUCUGGACCCUGGUCAUUUUCGGGCAUUUUAUGAUCCCUCCAAGGAUCCAAUGACAUCGAUGUAUUCAAAUCCGCUUUCAUAUUCGUCCCUUGAAAGCAUGGGACUAACGCAGUCCAUGCCUCAGUCUCAUGUCACCUCUUAG